AUGGUGGAUCUGGAGAGCGAGGUGCCCCCUCUGCCUCCCAGGUAUCGGUUCCGGGAUCUGCUGCUGGGAGAUCAAGGCUGGCAGAACGACGACAGGGUACAAAUCGAAUUCUACAUGAAUGAAAAUACAUUUAAAGAGAGAUUAAAACUAUUCUUCAUCAAAAACCAAAGAUCAAGUCUCAGAAUACGACUGUUCAAUUUUUCUCUCAAGUUAUUAAGCUGUUUGUUAUAUAUAAUCCGAGUACUCCUGGAUGAUCCUACACAAGGAUAUGCAUGGUCUCCUAUUAUUUGGGUGAACAGAAGCUUGCCGUUGUGGGGGUUACAGGUUUCAGUGGCUUUAAUAAGUCUGUUUGAAACAAUGCUCCUGACCUAUCUGAGCUACAAGGGAAACAUCUGGGAACAAAUAUUGCGAAUACCCUUCCUCCUGGAAAUAAUCAAUGCUGUUCCAUUCAUCAUCACGAUUUUCUGGCCUGCUCUAAGAAACCUAUUUAUACCUGUGUUCUUAAAUUGCUGGCUUGCCAAACAUGCUUUGGAGAAUAUGAUUAAUGAUCUCCACAGAGCCAUCCAACGUACACAGUCUGCAAUGUUUAACCAAGUUCUUAUUUUAAUAUCCACGCUACUGUGUCUUAUCUUCACCUGUAUUUGUGGAAUUCAGCAUCUGGAGCGAGCAGGAAACAAGCUGACUCUCUUUGACUCCCUUUAUUUCUGCAUAGUGACAUUUUCCACUGUGGGCUUUGGGGAUGUUACACCCAAGAUAUGGCCUUCAAAACUGCUGGUUGUCAUUAUGAUCUGUGUUGCCCUUGUGGUGUUACCCAUACAGUUUGAACAGCUGGCUUAUUUGUGGAUGGAGAGGCAAAAGUCAGGUGGUAACUACAGUCGACACAGAGCUCAGACAGAGAAACAUGUUGUAUUGUGUGUUAGCUCUCUGAAGAUUGAUCUGCUUAUGGAUUUCUUAAAUGAGUUCUAUGCUCAUCCCAGACUGCAGGAUUAUUAUGUGGUUAUUUUGUGUCCAACUGAGAUGGAUGCUCAGGUCCGAAGGGUGUUGCAAAUCCCAAUGUGGUCCCAGAGGGUUAUCUAUCUGCAAGGUUCAGCACUGAAAGAUCAAGACCUGUUGAGAGCUAAAAUGGAUGAUGCCGAAGCCUGUUUCAUUCUGAGUAGCCGGUGUGAGGUGGACAGGACAGCAGCUGAUCAUCAAACAAUUUUAAGAGCAUGGGCAGUUAAAGACUUUGCUCCAAAUUGUCCUUUGUAUGUCCAAAUACUAAAACCUGAAAAUAAAUUCCACAUCAAGUUUGCAGAUCAUGUUGUAUGUGAAGAGGAGUUCAAAUAUGCUAUGUUAGCUUUAAAUUGCAUAUGCCCAGCUACUUCCACACUGAUCACUCUGCUUGUUCAUACUUCUAGAGGACAGGAGGGCCAGCAAUCUCCAGAACAGUGGCAGAAAAUGUAUGGCAGAUGCUCUGGUAAUGAAGUGUAUCAUAUUAACCUGGAGGAGAGUACAUUUUUUGCUGAGUAUGAGGGGAAAAGCUUCACAUAUGCUUCUUUCCAUGCACAUAAAAAGUUUGGGGUCUGUUUGAUUGGUGUUAGGAGAGAAGAUAACAAAAAUAUUUUGCUGAAUCCAGGCCCUCGAUACACAAUGAGCUCUACAGAUAUAUGUUUUUAUAUAAAUAUCACCAAAGAAGAAAAUUCUGCUUUUAAGAAGCAGGAAGAGAAUAGAAAAAACAAUGAAUCAAAGGCAUGCUAUCAUGGACCUUCUAGGUUACCAGUACACAGUAUAAUUGCCAGUAUGGGAACUGUGGCUAUAGAUCUACAGGAUACAGGCUGUAGAUCUUCCAGUGGGCCUACACUAGCUCUUCCCUCAGAAGGAAGUAAAGGGGGAAGAAGACCUAGCAUAGCACCUGUCUUAGAGGUUGCAGACUCCUCUUCCCUUCAAACAUGUGACCUUUUAAGUGACCAGUCAGAAGAUGAAAUUACUCCAUCGGAUGAUGAAACUUCUGCAGGAUCAGAGUAUGCAAAAGGCUAUCCCCCUUACUCUCCUUAUAUUGGAAGUUCUCCCACAUUUUGCCAUCUGCUGCAUGAAAAAGUGCCAUUUUGUUGCCUCCGACUAGAUAAGGGGUGUCAACAUAACUACUAUGAAGAUGCCAAAGCCUAUGGAUUCAAAAAUAAAUUGAUUAUUGUUGCAGCAGAAACAGCUGGAAAUGGUUUAUACAAUUUUAUUGUUCCACUCAGAGCCUAUUAUAGACCAAAGAAAGAACUCAAUCCCAUAGUGUUACUACUCGAUAACCCGCCAGAUAUGCAUUUUCUGGAUGCAAUCUGUUGGUUUCCAAUGGUUUACUACAUGGUGGGCUCUAUUGACAACCUAGAUGAUUUGCUAAGAUGCGGGGUGACCUUUGCAGCCAAUAUGGUGGUUGUGGACAAGGAAAGUACAAUGAGCGCUGAAGAAGACUACAUGGCUGAUGCCAAAACUAUUGUAAAUGUCCAAACGCUAUUUAGGUUGUUUUCAAGUCUAAGCAUUAUCACUGAAUUAACUCACCCAGCCAAUAUGAGAUUCAUGCAGUUCAGAGCCAAAGACUGCUACUCUCUUGCUCUAUCCAAACUGGAAAAGAAAGAGCGAGAGAAAGGUUCUAAUCUUGCAUUUAUGUUUCGACUGCCUUUUGCUGCUGGAAGGGUUUUCAGCAUCAGUAUGUUGGACACACUGCUUUACCAGUCAUUUGUGAAGGAUUAUAUGAUCUCUAUCACAAGACUUCUGCUGGGACUUGAUACCACACCAGGAUCUGGGUUUCUUUGUUCUAUGAAAAUCACAGAAGAUGAUCUCUGGAUUAGGACAUACGCCAGGUUAUAUCAAAAGCUUUGUUCUUCUUCAGGUGAUAUUCCCAUUGGGAUCUAUAGAACUGAAUCUCAGAAACUUACCACAUCAGAGUCUCAAAUCUCUAUCAGUGUUGAAGAAUGGGAAGACACCAAGGACACCAAAGAACAAAUGAAAUACCGCAGCAAUCAUCGUAACUCCACAUCCAGCGAUCAGUCAGAUCAUCCCUUGUUAAGGCGAAAAAGCAUGCAGUGGGCCCGGAGGCUCAGCAGAAAAGUACCAAAGCACUCUGGCAAAACAGCAGAGAAAAUCAGCCAGCAGCGAAUGAACCUUUACAGGCGGUCUGAAAGACAAGAACUGGCAGAACUUGUCAAAAACAGAAUGAAGCACCUGGGGCUUUCUACUGCAGGAUAUGAUGAAAUGAAUGAUCAUCAGAACACUCUUUCUUACAUCCUAAUCAAUCCUUCCCCAGAUACAAGACUAGAACUGAAUGAUGUUGUUUACUUGAUCCGACCUGAUCCACUGGCCUAUGUUCCAAAUACCGCACCUAGCCGAAAAAAUAGUUUCUGCAAUACAGUGGGACAAGACACCAGGGAAGAAACACAACUUUGAUAUACUACUGACCACGCUGCUAAGAGACAUUUUUUUAUACAAGUAUAUUGUUUCCAGUAUACUGUAUGCUUUUUGAAAUCUAAUCAAAAUGGAAUGGCUUUAUUUUUUUCAUACCUUCUUGGGAUAAAAAAAAAUGCUGAUUUUCAAGAAGCAGGCACAAUAUUCAAUUUUGCGAGCAAAUGUACUCUGAACUCCAGCGAUUACCCAAUUUUUAAUCUGUUCAUCGUUUCG